UUUUCAGAGAAAGAAGCUGAUUCAGAGGAGGAUGAGGAUGUCUGGAACCCAGACGAAGACGAUGAUGUCAUCAAUGGGGAGGACUCGACGGAAGCGAUGGCUAAGUAUCCGUACAUCAAACGCAAGAAAACGACGGUUGGGGGUGUCAAGUCAGAGCGAGCCAACCCAACCUCUGUGACUGGUGUUCCUGGCCCGAGCUCAGGUGCAGAUAAACAAGUUAAUUACGUGACGCAGGAGGCGCCGCCUAAGAUGAGACCAGGCCGUACCAAGACGUACUCGAAGACCGCCCCUGUGAGCCAGCCUCCAGCAUCAGCCCCUGCUGUGCCAGCUUCUGGUUCUGCCAACCUGAGGAGAGACAGCAGCCUCCAGGACAUCCCAGGGUCAGUUCAGAUCCAGAUUGAGAUGGCCGAUGGUCAGAGUGCUGCCCAGGGGGUGCUCAUCCCCUCCAAUAUGGUACCCAUCAUUGCCCCACAGCUGGGCAUUCAGAACGCUACGGCCGGUAUGCAGGUCCUACUUGUCCAGGAGGAGACCUCCAGUGGCAGCAUGGUGCAUGUCUACAUCAUCCCCGAGGGAGAGGCGCUGGCUGCUCGUGGUGCUGCAGGGGACAGCACCGUCACCACCACCUUGCCCGCCCCACCACCGCCACCAGCAGGUGCUCCUAGAGUUACCUCUCCGGCUGCUUCUUUCACUGCCUCGUCAUCUCAGGCCAGCGCUGUUUCCGGGCAGCUUCCUCCAUCCCCGCUGCCCACAGCAGGGGUGGGCGUCGCACGUCAUAUGGUAGCAUCGUCGUCAUCGGCAUCGUUGUUGUCUUCUGGGCAUAAUUAUGCCUCCAAGGGGGUUUCACUGACUCUGCCAAAUGAAGCCUCGCACCCAAGCACAGCUCCGCACUCUACUGCAGGAGUGCAUCCUGCCACUGUCCCACGCCCUGCUGCUGUCCAGAACUUUUCCACAACCUCUGUAUCCCCUCUUCUCCGGCAGUCCACCGCAACCUCAGCCUCCACUCUAGUCUCCCCACCAGUACAACAGCCCUUACCGCCAUGGCAACCCACCAUGGCCCCAAUGUCUGCUCAAGUCCGGCAGCCCACCAUAGCCCCAAUGUCUGCUCAAGUCCGGCAGCCCACCAUAGCCCCAAUGUCUGCUCAAGUCCGGCAGCCCACCAUGGCCCCAAUGUCUGCUCAAGUCCGGCAGCCCACCAUAGCCCCAAUAUCAAUUCAGGUCAGACAGCCCACUGUAGCCCCAAUGUCCAUUCAGGUCAGACAGCCCACUGUAGCCCCAAUGUCCAUUCAGGUCAGACAGCCCACUGUAGCCCCAAUGUCCACUCAAGUCCGGCAGCCCACCGUAGCCCCAGUGCAGGCGAUAGUCCCCACACCAGCCCCUCAGAUCUCACCAAUCCCACAUCCCACCCCCAUGCCAAUGUCCUCCUUAGUCCCGGAGCCCACUUUUACCCCACAACUUCAACAGACUCCUCAGCAAACAGUGACCCCAUCACAACCUGGGAUAGUUACGCAGUUACAGCCAGCUUUAACCGUACAACCAGUACUGGACGCCCAGCCCACAGUUGAAAUAGUUGGUCAGAGCUCAAGGAGAGAGGUGGAUGUCAAUAAGAAUCAGACCUCCAUUCCAACUCGGCCACAGUCCUCUUCCACCACAGAUGAUGUCAGGCAGUAAAUUGAAACAGAAACUGAGUACAUGUACAAGGGACAUCGCUAAGGUGGACAGAUGGAAGUGGACGUAACUGGAAGUUGCUGGCUGUGAAAGAUGAUAUCUCCUCCCAGACUUUUGUGAGUGAUGAGAUAGUGAUCUAGCUCACUCAACCUCAUUUCACAAAGUUGACAGGUUGUGUUUAUUUGGUGUCAGCACGCAUGGACAAAAUGCACUCGUCGAGCAGAAGAUUAGACUUUUGUCGCUCCUACCCAUACACAAGCGAGCAUACAUCUGUGGGAAUAGGCUGCCUUUAAGGUGACCUCCUGGUGUAAAUAUUUGAGUAGAAGUGCUUAUUGCUUGGCUAGUUUAUGAUUUGUUUAUGGAAAAGUAGGAGUCUUACCUUGGAUGUUCUAGAAACAUUUGCAGUAAAAACCAGCGCAAUGUGCUGGGAAAUGUUUGAAGUGGGUAUACACAAUCGACAAAUGGGCUCACACUGCAUUGUUCAGGGUGGAAUGAGUUAAAGUAGAACGUUUUAUGAAAUGGAAAAAAUCCCCUGAUUAAGUGGAGCUUCGGUGAUAAGCAAUGGAAACAUGGGAUUAUGGAUGUAGACUAUUGUGUAGUGGUGUGUGCUUCUAUGGAACUGACCUUUAACCUCUUUUUAUACUGCGAAUUCGAGCGAAAUGCUUGCAGCUAAAGGGAUUUGACAACAACAACAACAUACAGCAAAUUCUGUCUUGAAUUUCAGCGUACAGGCUGGAUGUAAAAAUUGAAAGUGAGCAGUGAAACAAUAUCACAAGUAAAAGGUGAAGUAGCUUGAAGUAGUGAGUGUGAGUGUGUGAGUUGAGAUGACUACAGUCUAGCAUGCACAUAUAUAUGUGUGUGGCCCUGAGAAGACCCUUCACAAGGUGCAAAAUUUCAAAAUUGACUUUUUUGCAUAUUUUAAAAGACACAUCUUUCCCGAGCAUUUUGCACUUUAUUUGAGAGCAAUUGGAGCAUUCUCUGAAAAGUUAUGGCAUUUUAAAGUGAACAGGGGUUCGAGUGUCAAAUUUUGAGAAAACAGGUUUUAAAGUUUUGCUUGCUUUGGGAACACAUUUUCCAUGAUGACAGUGCAUAGAAGCAAAUAAUGCUGAUACCACAGCAUAGAGGUGCCAUUUGUAGACAGUUUUCUUUUUAUUUUAGUGAAAUACCUCUCUUCUACGUGAAGUUGUGACUGUUUUUAUAUUACAACAGUAAAUCAUUGAAUUACGUAAAAACGCGUCAAAUUGUAACCAUUUUAAGUGGAAGACAAUCUAAACACAAAACAACAAACAAACAAACAAAAUUAAGAUGAUUUUUUGAACACAAAGCACAUAAUUUAUUUGUUCUUCUUGUCCACGAUAUUUUUCCAACAGAAAUCCAUUGACAUUUUUACAUUUCCAUGCAUACACACUAAAAAAAGGAAAUGACAACCGAAAUGAACAUGAAACUUCUCAUCAAAGCUGCCAAAACAAAUCUACAGAACCAACAUACAACAAAAUUAUGAAAGUUAUAAAUUAACCACAGCAAGUCCAAUGACCUGUUUUAGUCAGAAGAAUAGAAAUAAAAUCAUGUUGAAAUUAAAAUAGAGUACUCAAUGAAUCUUUAAAACUUAAACAAAAAACCCCUACUUUUUCUUCCCCUUGCCCUAAGUCGCUACCCCUUCCCCUUUUCCCCCCUUCCUGGCUUUCACCUCUGAUGGACCCUCUUCCUCAUCGCUAUCAUGUACACGCAUGCUCACUUAGGUAUGUCCAUACAAAUAAUAAGUAGUCCUUGUCGCUUGUCAGACUUUGAUUUUUCUUCUAGAAUGUUUAACAGUGCCUCCCAUGCAAAGCUGAGCUACACUACAAUGUCAUGCUCCUCUCGUGUCAUACCAGCAAAACACAAACGCAGGUCGUCAACAGUAGUUGAUUCGUACUGGCUGUUGCAAGACUGGCCAUCAUUGAGCUUGCAGAAGCACUUCAGCAUGGGUCUCAAUAGUCCGUUAUUUAAAAUUUAAAAAAUAUCACCGAGACGCGCGAAAAUACAUAAAAGAUCUCAAAUAUUUGAAAACCAAAUCCAAUAACGUCUUUAAGUUCAUUUCUGCCGGUCGCGAUUGUGACAUUAAUUCUGCUCUGAGAGUACGUUUCAGGUGAACUAGUGGCUUUGGCGGCAAGCGGAAUUGUGUCACCAAUGCUCGACUAGAAAAUCAAGAUGUACUUUCGCUUUCGUUACCACCCAGAAAUUUGUCCGUAAUUUGUCUGAUAACACAACGUUUAUUGUAACAUGCAGGUUCGGCAUUACAAACGUGGUGUCGCCAUGAAAAUAAAUAAAUAUUCGCCACUGUGCUGUCCCUCGUGGGGGCAACAAAUAAAAAAAAAAGAAAA